AUGAUGCGUUGGAUCGUUCCGGUUGCGGCUGCAUCGCGGGUUCCUUUCGUGAAUUGCCGUGUCGCAGCGACGUCUGUGUUGCAGCAGCGACGGGGUCAAUCCGAUAUUCCUUUACGACGGCUUCUUUACGAAAAUGAUAAUUUUCUUAGCGGUUCGGCAGCGAUGUAUCUUGAUUCCUUGUAUCAGAGCUGGAAGGAGGACAAGACAUCCGUGGACCCCUCGUGGGACGCUAUUUUCAGUGCGGGGGGGCUGCCGUCGUAUGAAACACCGCUCCUGAGUUCUGCUGUUCGAGUCCUGCCAACGACAUCGGAAGACGCGGUUACGGUGCAGCAGUCAUUAACAGAUUGCGGUCGGCUGACGUGGAUGAUUCAGGCGUUUGAAGAUCGUGGCCACCUCAGGGCUUCCAUUGAUCCGUUGGGCUACGAAUCUGACGAUUCUAUUAGCCGAAGCUAUUCGCGCAAGUAUAAAGAGGUGCUGCGUCUCGAUCUCGCCUCCUUUGGGUUCACACCGGAUGACUACAACCGUGUGGUGCGGGUCGGUUUCCAGGACGAGGUGGGUGGCGUGCUGAACACCAACAGCCGUCCAAUGACGAUCAAGGAACUGCACGAAUACCUCACUAUGCGUUUUUGUGGCAGAGUUGGCUACGAGUUGUCGCAUAUUGCGGACGUUGAUGUCGCCCGCUUCCUGCGUGAGGUGGUGGAGACAGGGGAUGGCGGAUACAAUCCCUUGCAUCGCAGUCUCAGUAAGGAGGAACGCCUGUGGGCCUGGGACUUGGUUGCCUCUUCCGUUCACUUUGAGGACUUUUUUAAACGCAAGUACUCGACCCAAAAGCGGUUUGGUGCCGAUGGGGCGGAGUCUCUCGUCAUUGGCUUGCGUGCACUUAUGGACGCUUCCUCCAAACAAGGUGUAGAGAAAAUAAACAUUGCUAUGGCACAUCGUGGUCGUCUGAAUGUCCUUUAUCAUGUCAUUGGCAAGCCGUUUCCUGUGAUACUGAAGGAAUUCGUGGGAAUCACGGGGAAGGAGUUGGAGCCGUUCAAGAUUCAGUCGGAUGUAAAGUACCACCUGGGGGCGCGAUCGACCAUGACGAUGCGAAAUGGAAAGCCAAUGGACACGGAGCUGCUUUCCAACCCAUCGCACCUCGAGGCGGUGAACCCUGUCCUGCAGGGAUAUACCCGGGCGGCACAAGCAUCGCUGGGGAAAGAUGGAUCUUCCACUGUGUUGCCGGUUGAAAUUCAUGGCGAUGCCGCCUUCAGUGGUCAGGGCAUUGUUUUUGAAACGAUGUGCAUCAGCGAGGUUGAAGAAUACAGUACGGGGGGCACCGUUCAUGUGGUGGUGAAUAAUCAAAUUGGGUUCACCACAGACCCUAAGUCCUCUCGUAGCAGCGCGUACUGCACAGACUUGGGUCGCGUGUUUCAAUGCCCCAUUUUUCACGUAAAUGGGGACUCGGUGGAGGAUGUUGUUCGCGUAUUUGAGUUUGCUGCAGAUUUUCGAGCGAAGUUUAAAAAAUCGGUUGUCAUUGAUCUUGUCUGCUACCGCCGGUUUGGCCACAAUGAAAAUGAUGAUCCGACAAUUACACAACCCCUCAUUUACAGCCGCAUUAGCGCAAUGGGUGACUUGUUUAAUAAAUACUCGGGGGAACUGAUUGCGUCGGGUGUCAUUACGCCACAGCAGCAGACAGCAAAAUCGAUUGCGGAAAAGGGACGCUAUGGCAAUUUCCAGGCGGAGGUGCCUCUUGUACAUUACAGCAGUUACCUCAAAUCCUGCAUCCCAGAAAUGUGGAGGAGCAUGAAAUACUCGGAUCAGUUAGGGGAUGUUAAGAUGGAGUCAACGGCUGUGUCUCGCGAACAACUUCAGCCUGUGUUGGAUGCACUGAAAACGCUUCCGGAAGGCUUUGUUGUGCAUCCCAAGUUGAAGAACGUGCUGGAUCGCCGUAAUGAGACACUGGAGAAGGGUGAAGGGAUUGACUGGGGGACAGCAGAGGCAUUGGCGUUUGGAUCACUCGUGUUGGAGGGUACACAUGUGCGCGUGAUGGGGCAGGACGUGGAGCGCGGGACCUUUUCUCAACGUCAUGCUGUCUUGCACAAUCAGGAAAAGGUCGGCAAGUACGUUCCACUAGCAAACAUCAGUAAGGAUCAGGCCCCAUUUAUAAUUACGAAUGGUCCACUCAGUGAGUACGGCAUGCUUGGUUACGCCAGCGGUUACUCCCUUUAUGACCCGAACUCCCUCGUUAUGUGGGAGGCGCAGUAUGGAGAUUUCGCAAAUGGUGCCACCAUCAUAUUUGACCAGUUCAUUUCCGCUGGGGAGUCCAAAUGGAAUCAGCAACAGGCUGUCAUCGUGUCACUUCCACAUGGCCAUGAUGGGAGGGGUGCAGAACACAGCAGCGGUCGUAUUGAACGCUUCCUGCAGGCCGUUGCGGAGGACGUUGAUACCCCGGCAUACUCUCCGGCGGAGCGUGCCCACCGUGUGAACAUGGAGGUUGUAUAUCCCAGCACUCCCGCGCAGUACUUCCACGUUUUGCGGCGACACGUGCGACGAGACUUCCGCAAGCCGCUGAUUCUCUUUUUCUCUAAACAGUUUAUCCGCUCACCAAACGAAUCCUCCAUGGGUGACAUCACAUCGGGUACGUUCUGCCCUGUUAUUGGGGAUGCAUCGGUGCCGCCGGAGAAGGCACGCCGCCUCGUGCUGUGCACCGGACAACUGUACCACAUCCUCAAUGCAUGCCGCGCUAAGAAUGGGAGCACCGAUGUGGCUCUUGUUCGCAUCGAGGAGCUUUCGCCAUUCCCUGUGGCGGAGGUGCAGAAGUUACUGCUGGAAUACGGCAACGCGGAGUUGAUGUGGGCACAGGAGGAGCCGAGGAACCAGGGCGCGUACUAUCAUGUGGAGCCACGUAUUGAAUUUUACACAGGCGGUAAACGCGAGUUGAGGUACGCCGGUAGAGAAAUCAGCGCGUCUCCGUCAACCGGCUACAAGAGCGCACACGACGCCGAGGAAGGCCACAUUUGCGAGGUUGUUUUUGCGUAG